AUGGCCGAGUCCGUAGGUUCCAUGCAUUUCUCAGCUAAUGGCAAAACAAAUCCCCCAAACCCCUUGGCACCCAAAAUACCACCAGAGAGUCGGCUACAGUCUUCCAAUGACGUCUACCCUCCACCGCCAAAGAAAGUCCGAAUCGAGGAGAAGAGUUUGAAACACAAUAAAUUGAACGGGGACUUAGUGUGUGCAGGGGAAAAACACAACGGGAAGCAGAGUUAUGGAAGCCCAGCGAAAUGGAGUUUCGGCCCGGCCAAGCCGAGCAACUCCACCGCGCCAGCUCUCACACGAAAGAUCUUCAAGAUCAGCAACUUUCUUGCCUCUCCUGCGAAAUUGAAGAAACCGAAUGAGAAACGGCACAAGGAAAAGGAGAAGAGCGCUAAAACGCAGAGUUCACUCAUGGAGAAAGUGAACCCUGGGAGUUGCCAUACAAAGACGGAGAACGGUGAUACAGCGUGUGACCACACUGGCAAAGAUGAGAGAGAGAAGAGAAAGGAGAGUGAUAAAGAGAGGGACAGGGAGAAGAAGAAACACCAAGUUAUGGUUGUGAAUGAGAGGGAGAACAGAGAGGUGAAAUCUCCACUGAAAGAAUCAACAGAGAAGCCAAAAGUCAACUCGGAGGACGAGCUCCUCUUGAAAAAGCUAAAGAAGAAGAAGAAAAAGAAGCACAAAGACUGUGAGAGGGAAAGACGCAGCCGUCCCAAGAUGUACCACCGCUCCAGUCAGACGGUGUGUUGUGGUGUGUCUGUGGACCUGCCGGACCUGCUCAACACACCAGACAGGAGUAACUACAACACCAAUAACAGUUUCUUCCACACCUUCCCAAGUCCCCAUCAGGAUCCUUCCAGCAUCACCACUACUACCUCUGUGUCCACCUCCACUACCUCCAUGGUCAGGGAGAGGUUGGGCUACGGCUCCCCCCUCCACAGUGCCCAGUCCCAGGGCAUGUCAGGGCUGGAGUUUGGCCAUCUGAUCCACGUGGAGCAGCAGGCCAACGGAGGAGCCUCGGUGGCCCACGCCUACUGCCAGCAGCUGGCUUGUCUCUCCCCGGCCGAGAUGCAGCGCUUCGCCCAGGAAUUUGUCACCCUGUCAUUCAGCGAGGACCAAGCUGAAGCGGCCCACUACGUCAUGGGCAUCAUCCAUGGAGCGGCCUCCUACCUACCAGACUUUCUGGACUACUUCUCCUACAAGUUCCCCAACGCGCCGGUCAAGAUGGAGGUGCUGGGGAAGAAGGAUAUAGAGACCACCACCAUGGCCAACUUCAACACUCAGGUGAAGCGUACCUACUCCCAGGGGACGUACCGUGCGGGGGCCAUGCGGCAGGUCAGCCUGGUGGGGGCCGUGGACGAGGAGGUGGGAGACUACUUCCCCGAGUUCAUCAACAUGCUGGAGGAAUCUCCCUUCCUAGAGCGUACCCUGCCCUGGGGCACGUUCUCCAGCCUGCGCCUGCGGAGCCCCACAGAGAGUGACGACGGACCCAUCAUGUGGGUCAGACCAGGGGAACAGAUGAUCCCUGUGGCUGACAUUCCAAAGUCCCCCUUCAAGAGAAAGAGGUCGACCAAUGAGAUCAAGAACCUGCAGUACCUGCCGCGGGCCAGCGAGCCCAGGGAGAUGCUAUUUGAGGACCGGACCAGAGCCCACGCCGACCACAUCGGACAGGGCUUCGAGAGACAGACCACCGCCGCCGUGGGGGUGCUCAAGGCCGUGCGCUGCGGAGAGGGUGAUGCUCCUGCCAGGGUAACCAAAGACGUGGUGUGUUUUCACGCUGGAGAUUUCCCAGAGGUGGUCCAGAGGCUCCAGCUAGACCUGUACGAACCACCCCUCUCACAGUGUGUGCAGUGGAUAGAUGAUGCCAAGCUGAACCAGCUGAGGAGAGAGGGCAUCCGCUACGCCCGUAUCCAGCUCUACCACGAUGACAUCUACUUCAUCCCCAGGGGAGUGGUGCACCAGUUCAAGACUGUGUCUGCUGUCUGCAGCCUGGCCUGGCACAUCCGCCUCAGACAAUACCACCUGGACCAAGAGAGGGAGGAGGAGAGCUGUACUUCUACAAGGGCAAAAAGUCAAGUCAUAGAAGAGGAGGAAGAAACAGAGGAGAGUGAGGAGGAGUGGGGGAAAGAGGAGGACACUCCUACACAGCCACGGACGCAGGUGAAGACUGAGGAAAAGGAAGAGGGAGGGGAACGGACACCCGUACAGGAGCCGCCACUAGUUUGCAAGGAGGAAGACGACACAGAGGAAGAGAAGGGAGGGGAGAGAGGAGGCUGUACACCUACACUGACAUCACCUUUGGUCAAGGAGGAGAGAGUGGAAGGAAACCCACUCACAGAGACACUACUGGAAGUCAAGGAGAGAAAGGAGGUUGAUGAGCAUCACAAGAUAGAAGCGAUGGAGAGAAAAGGAGCAAGAGAUGUCAGCACAUCCACACAGAUGGCACCACAAGUGCAGAUGGAGGGAGAGAGAGAUGGAGAAGAUAUGGAACUCUCAAAUGCAUCACAGCAGGCUGGGAUAAAGAGAGAGGAGGAAGAAAGACACCACAGGACACCUCCACAAGUCCAGAAAGAAAGAGAGAGGGGAAAGGAUGGUAGCACAGCCACACAAACACCACCAGUCAAGAAAGGGAAGGGGAAAGAUUUGGAGAAAGAUGGAAAAGAGAGGGAGAAAGAGGAGAGGGUGAAAGAUAAGGAGAAAGUGGAGAGGAUGAAAGAGAAGGAGAAAGUAGAGAGGGUGAAAGAUAAAGAGAAGGAGCGGGAGAAAGAUAAGAAAGAGAGGGUUAAAGAUAAGGACAGAGAAAGGGAGAGAGGGAAAGAUGGAGAGAAGGUGAAGGGGAAAGAUGAGAGUGUGAUGGAAAGCACCACACAAACACAGACGUCUCCACCCAUUAGGAAAAAGGAGGAUGAGGAGAGGAAACACACACAUCCAUCCCAACACGCCCAGAGGGAGGAGAAGGGAAUGAGGGAGAAGGAGGGGAAGAGGGAUAGAGGGGUCAACCAUAAGGAGGAAAGGAAGAAACCGCCCCCUGCCCCUAGCUGCCCCCCCUCGGACCACAAACCCCCACGGACGCUUGUAACCUUUGACCUCUUUAAGCCUAUGGAGGCAUUUCAAGCCCCGCCCCUCUCCCUGGCAGACAAGUCUCACCACCACAGCGACUGUCGAGGUGCUCUCUCCAAGUCCGAGAGCCGGACGCUAGCACCCUCUAAAGGACCAAAAGAGUAUGAGUUUGGCCGUAGCCCGUUACAGAUAGAAUAUAAAGGAAUGUUCUAA